UCUCUAAAUUUCGAUUAAAAAAGUAAGCCACUAUCUUCGCGCCUGGCGAGCUAUCCCUGGCAAGCAAGUAGCAUCAUCCCAUCUGCCUUGCUAUUUCUACUGUUGUCUGUUUUGUUCAACACUUUUGAGUAUUCAGAUUGAGAGAGAGAGAAACAAAGAAAGAAACCAAUAAACAAAGAAAGAUGAUGAUCCGCAGUGCCAUCGCCAAAAGACUUGUCUCCUCAAACUCCUCCUCCUCCUCGUCUACUUCUUCCUCUGGUUGGUCUUGGUUGUGCCAAAAGACUAGCAGCAGCAGAUCAUCGUCGUCGUUGGUGGGUCAAUGCCUAAACGACGACGACAACAACAACAAGAAGCUUGAAUUUGAAUUUGAUGGCAUUGGGAAGACGAGUAAGAGUAGCAGCAGCAGGUGGUUUCACUCUGCCUCACUGGGUGGUGGUGGGGGGUUGCCUUCUUCCAUGAGGGCAGCUGUCUUCAGGGAACCUAACAAACCUCUCACCAUCGAGGAAUUUCACAUCCCUCGCCCCAAAUCCGGUGAAAUUCUCCUCAAAACCAAGGCCUGUGGAGUUUGCCACUCUGAUCUCCAUGUUAUGAAAGGUGAGCUUCCAUUUGCUAGCCCUUGUGUCGUGGGGCAUGAGAUAACUGGUGAGGUUGUCGAACAUGGACCGGCUACAGAUACCAAAACAAUAGCAAGAUUACCAAUUGGAUCUCGUGUUAUUGGAGCUUUCAUCAUGCCUUGUGGUAACUGUUCCUACUGUUCAAAGGGCCAUGAUGAUUUAUGUGAGGAUUUCUUUGCCUAUAACCGUGCAAAAGGGACCCUUUAUGAUGGUGAGACUCGGCUAUUCCUCCACAGCAGUGGAAAACCAGUAUACAUGUAUAGUAUGGGAGGCCUUGCUGAGUACUGUGUUGUGCCGGCAAAUGGAUUGACUAUUCUGCCGAAGUCAUUGCCAUACACAGAGUCUGCAAUUUUAGGAUGUGCAGUAUUUACUGCUUAUGGUGCUAUGGCUAAUGCAGCUGAGGUGCGUCCUGGGGAUUCAAUUGCUGUGAUUGGAAUUGGGGGUGUUGGAUCAAGCUGUUUGCAGAUAGCAAGAGCGUUUGGUGCCUCUGAUAUUAUUGCUGUGGAUGUUCAAGAUGAGAAACUGCAGAAAGCCAAGAUAUUUGGUGCUACUCAUGCAAUAAAUGCGGCUAAAGAAGAUGCUGUUGGCAAAAUAAUGCUCUCAUGUUUGAACAAUAAAAUUAAUAUAAAUCAGCAACUUAAAUAGCAGACUUUUUUGCAAUGUGUACAAAGUGUGAAAGAUGGAGGAAAAGCUGUAAUGAUUGGGCUUGCACAAAGUGGUUCAGUUGGGGAAGUAGAUAUAAAUCGUCUUGUUCGUAGAAAGAUACAAAUCAUUGGAUCUUAUGGAGGAAGGGCAAGGCAGGAUCUUCCUAAGGUUGUGAGGUUGGCAGAAACAGGUGUAUUUGAUUUAACUAAUGCUGUUUCUAGAAAGUACACAUUCGAGGAAUCGAACGAUGCGUUCCAGGAUUUGAACAAGGGAAACAUUGUUGGCCGAGCAGUGAUUGAGAUAAUGUAGUUCUUUUCUCUCCAAGCGGCUGUUGUUGAUGCCAAAAGUCCACCUCAAGUACAAGCCCAAAUAGAAUCUGAAGCUGCAUUACUAAUGAAGCCUUGUUCAAUCCAUUUCUGCAUCUACCUUCAAUCCCUAUCUAUCCGACAGAAUUGGAUGAUCUCUGUUUGUUACUUCCUUUUUCACUUCAAUUCAUCUUCUAUAGACUUAAAGCUCUUGGCCGUAUAACAUGGUAUGAAAGAGGUUACGCUUCUACAUGUGAUUUGAAUAAUAUAUAAUAUAUAUGUAAAAUAAUUCCUCUGGUUAACCAGUAA